AUGGCGCGAGCAGGAAAAGUCGCCAACAAACAAGCAGAGGACACGGCUGAAGACACCACCAAGCUGCCUGUGCGAACAAAGGGUGAAAAAUCUUUAUCAUCAAACUCAGCUGCUUCUGCUCCUGGUAACUUGACGGUCUUCGACGACGAUGAUGACGAGGAUGAGGUUGUUUCAGCCAAGCCCGCAGUAGAAACGAAAGAGUCAGCAGCACCGCCUCCUCAGGAUGAGGAUGAGAGCGACAGUGACGACGAUGAGGCUCCUGAAGCAAUUUCCACUCAUCACGCUGCAUCAAGUUUAAAGAGGUCCGCUCAGGCUGCCCAGAAGGCUUCACAAGAGCAAGCGGCUGCCCAGAAGAGGAAGCGGCAAGAAAGAGACGCCUUGUUCAAGCAGCAGGCAGAGGAGCGCAAGAAGACCCAGGAAACCACUGGGCCAGCGGAGCCUCAAGGCAGCGACAGUCAAGACGUCGCUGGUCCGUCCUCGAACGUUGUCUCAAGCAGGAGAAUACGGGGGGACAAGAUCCAGAUUCCCGCUAUUCUUCCCGACGAGUUUCUCACUGAUUCGUCGAGCGAUGAAGAGGACGAUCACCGACAUGAUCUAGAGCUGGCUUCGGGUCCCAAGCGCAGAAAAGUCGCCAGCGUGGAACGAAGCCUCACUCGCCUCGACCGUGGACCGCGCGAUGAGACGGUCGGCUCAACCGUCUAUCGGGUGGCGAGCAAAAAUGACCAGAGGCUAGCACCAAAAGCGAAAAAGUACACGAAGAGCGCCAAGGACGUCCUACUAAGGAGGAACCGCACUGCUGUUCCGUCUCGGGGUGGUUUCUUCAAGAAAUAA